CCAAGUGCCUUAUAAAGCCUACCCUUUUCACAUCUUAGAGACACACAACAACAACAAUCAACACUAACAUCUUCUCACAACAGCAUCACUAAUCCUUUUCCUUUGUGUUUAUUUUCCAUCUUCCAUUAAUAUGGGUGUUGUUACUCAGAUUUAUGAUACCCCUGCUGCUGUGCCUCCUACUAGGCUUUUCAAAGCCAUGACAUUAGAUUUCCAUAACCUCUUCCCAAAGCUUGUGGAUAGCAUCCACAGCAUUGUUUUCACCCAAGGAAAUGGUGGUCCUGGCACCAUCAAGAAGAUCACCACCAUUGAAGGUGACAAAACCAAGUAUGUGCUGCACAGAGUUGAUGCAAUUGAUGAGGCUAACUUUGUAUAUAACUUCAGCAUAACUGAGGGCACUGCCUUGGCUGACACAUUGGAGAAGGUCUCAUUCGAGAGCCAAUUGGUGGAAGCUCCAAAUGGAGGAUCCAUUAGGAAGGUAAGUGUCCAAUUUUUCACCAAAGGCGAUGCUACGCUUAGUGAGGAGGAGCUCACUGCCAACAAAGCCAAGAUCCAAGGGCUUGUAAAGCUAGUUGAAGGGUACCUUUUGGCAAAUCCUGAUUAUUGAAGGUCUUUGUAGUUAAUUAAUAAGAGUUUGACUAUGGUGCAAAUUAAUAAGCCUUGAUGGAUUUGCAGGCUCAGCACCAAGGCUUUCUUCUAUGAUAUUUUCUAAAUUUUUCUUUGUUAUGAAUUGGGAGAUUAAUCAAUCAUAAAUUAAUAGUGUGGUUUUGUAAACUUUCUUUAGUUUGUCUAAUAUACAUGCCCUUUGCAUUGCUGAAAA